CAUUUCUCUUCCCUUUCUCUCUCACACACUCAAAACACACACAUUCUCAACGCCCUUAUUCACACUUCACCAUUCUCUUAAAUUCAAUCUCCUCCUCUCUUUUACUUCGUAUCCAAAUCUUCUCUUCAACUCAUCAUCAUCAUCAUCGCUUCCAUCGAUCUGAAAUUAUAAUAAUCGAUGCAGACAAGCGAGGUAGUGAUGGAGAUAGAAUCGAACAAACCGACAGGGAAUGGUUUAGUUGCCGGAGGUUUAUCUCCUUUAAGCGAGACGCUAUGGAAGGAGAUGACGAAUACGGAUUUCAUCGGCGAUGUAUCCGCUCGACUUACUUGGCAAGAUCUGACGGUUACUGUGUCUUUGAGUAAUGGAGAAACGCAGAAUGUUCUGGAAGGUCUGACUGGAUAUGCAGAACCUGGAAGUUUUACCGCGCUUAUGGGACCGUCUGGCUCCGGUAAAUCGACGCUACUUGAUGCACUUUCCGGUCGUUUAGCUGCUAAUGCUUUCCUCUCCGGCACCAUUCUUCUUAAUGGCCGGAAAACUAAGCUUUCUUUUGGCGCUGCUGCAUAUGUAACACAAGAUGACAACUUGAUUGGUACUCUGACUGUAAGAGAGACUAUAGCAUAUUCAGCUAGACUGAGGCUGCCUGACAAAAUGGCUCGGUCAGAAAAGAAUGCAUUAGUUGAAAGCACGAUAGUAGAAAUGGGUCUUCAAGAUUGUGCAAACACUGUCAUUGGAAACUGGCAUUUACGUGGUAUUAGUGGGGGUGAGAAGCGGCGUGUGAGUAUUGCCAUUGAGAUCAUCAUGCGACCCAGACUUCUCUUUCUCGAUGAACCCACCAGCGGUCUAGACAGUGCGUCUGCGUUCUUCGUUACUCAGACUCUGAGAGGUCUAUCAAGAGACGGUAGAACUGUGAUUGCUUCCAUUCAUCAGCCCAGCAGUGAAGUUUUUGAGCUCUUUGAUCGCCUCUAUUUGCUAUCUGGUGGCAAGACCGUUUACUUUGGACAGGCCUCUGAAGCCUAUGAGUUCUUUGCACAAGCUGGUUUCCCCUGUCCUGCUCUGAGGAACCCGUCUGAUCAUUUUCUUAGAUGUAUUAAUUCUGAUUUCGACAAAGUUAAGGCCACCCUUAAAGGAUCAAUGAAGCUAAGGUUUGAGGCAACAGAUGAUCCCAUGGAGAAGAUAAGCACGACCGAAGCAACUCGAACUCUCAUUGAUGUCUAUCGCUCUUCUCAGCAUUUUUACACUGCAAAAAUGAGGGUGGAGGAGAUGUCCAGAGUUAAAGGAACUGUUCUUGAUCCAGGUGGGAGUCAGGCAAGUUUCCUGAUGCAGGCAUUCACCUUAACUCGUCGUUCAUUUAUCAACAUGUCAAGAGACUUUGGGUAUUACUGGCUGAGGCUCGUUAUUUAUCUCGUCGUAACUGUUUGCAUCGGCACGAUCUACUUGGAUGUCGGCACUGGUUAUGAUUCCAUUUUGGCAAGGGGAGCUUGUGCUUCAUUCGUCUUUGGUUUUGUAACAUUCAUGUCGAUAGGUGGAUUUCCUUCAUUUGUGGAGGAUAUGAAGGUGUUUCAAAGGGAGAGGUUAAAUGGACAUUAUGGGGUGACUGCUUUUGUGAUAAGCAAUACAAUAUCAGCAAUGCCAUUUCUGAUAUUGAUAACGUUCUUAUCUGGGACGAUAUGUUACUUCAUGGUGAAACUUCAUCCUGGAUUUGAACACUACAUAUUCUUUGUUCUAUGUCUUUAUGCAAGUGUGACCGUUGUUGAGAGCUUGAUGAUGGCUAUUGCUAGUGUCGUCCCUAACUUCCUUAUGGGCAUCAUCAUUGGUGCUGGUAUUCAGGGAAUAUUCAUGUUAGUCUCUGGCUACUUCAGACUUCCACAUGACAUCCCAAAGCCCGUCUGGCGUUACCCAAUGUCUUACUUAAGUUUCCAUUUCUGGGCUAUUCAGGGUCAAUACCAAAACGAUCUAAAGGGAUUAGUUUUCGACAACCAGUCACCUGAUCUUCCAAAGAUCCCAGGAGAGUACAUUCUAGAAUACGUGUUUCAAAUAGACUUGACACGAUCAAAAUGGGUGGACUUAAGCGUAAUAUUCAGCAUGAUAUUCGUUUAUCGCAUAAUAUUCUUCAUCGUAAUAAAGGUGAGUGAGGACGUAACGCCAUGGAUAAGAGGUUAUAUUGCUCGAAGAAGAAUGAAGAACAAAAACACAAAUAUUAUGGUUGGAAAUAAUCAGAACACAACCGUUGCUCCUUUUGGUUUAUCUCAUUCUCCUUCAUUGAAAGCAUACGUGGUCUAGGUUCCUAAUAAAUACUUCCACUUUUUAAUCUUAGUAUGAGAGAAAGAAUAGUAUUAUAUGUAUUGUGGUGAUGAAUUAAUAUUUGUAACCAAAAAAAAAAGAGAUUUUCCAAUUUCCACUGGUCAUGUUAUAAUAUAUUAUAUAAACAUAAGCCAAUCCAAUACCCUUUGCUUUAUAA